UCUCGUCAUGAUUCUCAAGCUUAACAAAGAGGCGCCCUUCAAGAAGGACGUGUUCCGCGCGCCCGGACAUCAGGCCAACAUGAAGAAGCUGAUCCACUUCCUCCAGACGGGUCGUUUGGUGAAUAUUGACAACUACUCCGUCUAUACAAUCGCUUCGGUGCUGAAGAAAUUCCUGCGAAAGUUGCCGUCGGGAGUGUUUGGCGCCGACAGAGAGCAACGAUUGUUUCAAAUCAUCGGAUGGGAGAGCGUCGAAGAGAAGCGGGAAGAGGUUCACAGGAUUCUGACGUCACUGCCAGUCGUCACUCAACACCUUCUGGUGCUUCUGUUCGGCACAUUCCGAGCGAUGGCCACAUGUUCUGAACGGGCGAACACUGGUAUGACGUCGGAGGCGAUCGGAGUGUCGGUUGCGCCGAGUUUUUUCCAGUCGUGCGUUCAGGACGGCACCAAAUUCGCCAAAAUGGAUGACGUCCGCAGAUUCAAGUCGUGCGUUCAGGACGGCACCAAAUUCGCCAAAAUGGACGACGUCCGCAGAUUCAAGGUGGCCACAACUAUCAUGAAGUUUCUGAUCGACAACUUCGGUGUGAGUAAUCUCUUCGGAAGAGAUAAUUACGAAUAUUACGCCCGAAUUUCUGGUCGCGUUCUCAAAGUGGAGGAGAACUGGAUCUUUGCUUUCAAAUACCCGCCCGAUUCCCAUCACAACACACGCAAGACCUCAUUGGAGUCGCGCAGUGAUUGGUUGAACAGUAAGUCUCAAUCGCAAACAUGGGGUCUGCCGGCGACAACACGACCACUCAAAGCAAUGUCUUCUACAGACGAAUGUCAAAGUACUCCCGCUCUCUGCACCACCGGUUCGACACCAAUGGCGGCACAACACUUAACUCCGGUCCAAAUGAUGCACCAAACCAUUGACGACUCGUACGCACGACUCUCCAUGUCGUUGGAAGAGACCAUUUUCAAGGUUUGUCUUCCGAACCAGUCUUUCGUUCAUUUGUGGUUAAAUCGCAAUUUACUCUUCAGUCGACGCAUUCAUGGCGUCUCGUCCUCGCACUCAUUCACCUCCGCGUCGACCGCAACGGCGAAUAACCGAAGGGCCGAUCAGUCGAUCGCCGGCUCGUCAGUGAAGCAAUUGGUGCGGAGGACGUCGUCCAAAGACAAGCAUUUGGUGCGGCGCUCGUCCUCCAAGAAGGACAAGGAGAACGGCAACGAACACAAAGCACAGCAGCACUCGGGCGCGUAUCAGGUGUCGCCCACCGGUGCCGCCAACUCUGAUGCAAACCAAUUGGUCGGCGCUCAGACUCAGAUGUGCUCCGAGUCUGAGGGCGUCGACGGAGAUGUCCAACAAAUGAAUAUUACGCUCACAUAUAAGCCUCGAAUCUAACGUUUCUUUUCUGUUCUGAGAAGUGAUAAUAACUGAGAAUUAUAUUUGUUUUUUCCACAACUUUGAAAUGAAUUUAUUUCCACUCUUUUCCCACCAAUGGAACAAUUUUUAUGAUUACAUUUGUAUUACACAUUAUUCGCUCUUUUUUCACUUGUUUUCUAAAAUUCGAUUUUAUUAUUGAGAACUCAUUCAUAGCUAAUAAGAGAAACUGUUUUCUAAACGGAUUCCGAUUUUUUAUAACAUUGAAAGACA